AUGAGCGGCGAGGCGGCGCCCCGCGCACUGUUUGACGUGGCGCAGGCCGCGUCGCGCGUGCUGGGGCGGCGCGUCGACGCGCUGUACGAGCCAAACUGGAUGCUCGCCGAAAACGCACGGGCGCUGCAGGAGAAGCGGCGCGAUCUCGUGCGGUGUCUCGUGCGCAUCCUCCGCAGCGUAUACCAAGAGGAGCUUUUGUGCGAUGCACGGACGUAUCCUGUGCUGCUGGUACAUAGCCCGCUGUGGAUCGAGGCGCUGCAGGACGCGCUCUGCGGCGUCCUCCUGGGGAACAUGGGGGCGCCGAGCGUGUCGUUCGUGGACACACAUACCCUCGCGCUCCUUGCGACGGGGCGCAACUCGGGGCUGGUCGUCGACGUCGGGUACUGGGAGACGUGUGUGAUGCCGAUCUAUGCAGGGCGGCCGAUGCACAGCUGCCUCGCAAGCACGCCGCGCGCGGGGCGCCGGCUGCACAUUGCUGUCGAGGCACUCGUGGGUACGUACGGAGCGGCGGAUGGCGCGCCACUCGACGAGCAGCUCGGCGAGGUGGUGCAUCGCCUCACGACCGAGGCGCUCGUCGUAGGCGAGCGGCCGCCCGCAUCGUGCGACUGCUCCCUGCCGCUCGACGUCGAGGCGAUGAAGGAGGCAUACGGCGCGGGCCGCGCCGAGGACGUGGCGGUGCGCACGACAAAAGGGCAGGUGCGCCUCCCAGGGUGGAUCCGCACGGCCGCCUGCGAGGCGCUAUGGGAGAAUGGCGACGAGGACGAGCUAGGAAUUGUCGCGUGCGUCCGCCAGUGCAUCACGCGCCUGCCGCUCGACGUCCGCCGCGACAUCCUCGAUGCAGUGGUCCUCGCGGGCGGCACGGCACAGCUGCCCCACUUUGCGCACCGCCUCGAAGACGAGCUGAAUACGCCGCUGCCGAGCGCCGGCCAGGUCGGCCAAGGCGCGCUGCCCCCGCUGCGUGUGCGUGUCCUGAAUGCGGGGCCGCCCGACGCGCCGCGCAUGCUGCCGAUUCCCCCGAACCUCCUCGCAUGGACCGGCGGGAGCCUCGCGGCAAGCCUAGGCACGAGCGGCGUCCAGCACGUUUCGCGCGCGCAAUGGCGGACAGAUGUACAUUAG